UGUCACCAUAGUACGCUUUCUCUUCCAAGAUCAGCCUUUGCUUCGCCUUUUCAUCUGGUUCCUGCAUAUGGUGCUCUUUUUCUUGUAUUCUGUCGCAACUUUACGGUGCCCAUGAGCGCACUUGUUCUCAUUCAAUUUUCGGGGUUUGUUGACAAACUUUGCUCUUUUGGUCGGAUAGAUGGCGAUCAUGGUGCGGCGAUCAACCAUGGUGAGGCCGGCGAGGGAGACGUUGCGGACUCGGCUAUGGAACUCCCACCUCGACCUACUGGUGCCGCGCUUCCACACGCCCAGCGUCUACUUCUACCGCCGCCCCGUGGAGAUAGCAGCCAUGGAAGGCUUCUUCGACGGCGAGCGGAUGUGGCAAGCGCUGGCGGAGGCACUCAUCACCUUCUACCCGAUGGCUGGCCGCCUUGCCCGGGACAAGGAGGGGAGGGUGGAGAUCGACUGCAACGGUGAGGGGGUACUCUUCGUCGAGGCCGAUGCGCCGGACUCCACUAUCGCUGACUAUGGCGACUUCGCGCCCACCAUGGAGCUCAGUCGCCUCAUCCCGGCCAUUGACUACACCCAGGAAAUAUCAUCCUUCCCACUCGUCGUUCUCCAGGUGACCUACUUCAAGUGUGGAGCUGUCUCCCUCGGUGUUGGAACACAACACCAUGUCGCUGAUGGCAUGUCCGGGUUGCACUUCAUUAACUCAUGGUCUGAUCUCUGCCGUGGGGCUAAAAUUGCAGUCAUGCCCUUCAUUGACCGCACCCUGAUCCGCGCUCGAGACCCCCCAACUCCAUGUCACCCACAUGUUGAGUAUCAUCCAUCCCCAGCAUUGUUGCCAUCCAUAACCCAGGAUCUCUCUUAUAAGGCAACAUCGUCUGGCACUACUGUUGACAUCUUCAAGCUCACCAGCUCAGACAUUGGCCGCUUGCGCUCGCAGCUUCCCAAAGGCGACGAUAUUUCACGGUUCAGCACAUACACAAUGCUAUCUGCGCAUGUCUGGCGUUGUGUCUCUCGCGCGCGUGGCUUGCCAUCUGAACAGCCUACCAAGCUGUAUUGUGCCAUUGAUGGGCGGAAACGGCUGAAUCCCCCACUACCAGAAGGUUUCUUAGGCAAUGUGUUGUUCACCGCCACACCGAUUUUGGAGGCAGGCUGUUGUGCCGCUUCUUCUUCUAUCCCUCGUUGUCUGUCACAACUCUCUCCUCUCUCAAGCGAACAAGAUCGCACACUUGGAAGGAACACACACACACCUCACCGUGGAGGAACCAGCUUUGCUUUGUUCUCCCGGUCAGACACACAUAUGCUACAUCCUUUCUCCUCAGCCCUCUCGGCCUCACUCCUUUCAUUACUCCGAUGCAAGAUAUAUAUACACAUAGCCAGGGGCUAAUGGCCUCAUGCAAAUCCCAUGCACACGCACGCACACAUAGCCCGGCCGGCAUACUCGCCACUAACCACACCACCUCCUUGCAUGCAGUAAGCCACUAACUAACUAACCCAUAUCUACAUGCACGUACUACUGGCCUUAUCUUACUCCUUGCUAGAAUAACUCCAACUGCCACAAGACUCGGCCAUAUUCAGCAGCCACCGCAACGGCCAGGCUCAACUUGAUCUUCCAACCCAUCACGCUCCAGCGACCAUCGCGUCGUGCCGCAUCUCACGGCUUGGCCGUAUCUCACAGCAACAUUGACAUCUCGUCGUGCUCGCCGCGUCGCACGGCAGCCUGACAUCUCAUCUUCUCCGCGUGCCUCCGCUGAAGCUUCACCGCACUAGCUACUCUCUAACCUAUCCUACAUGCACAACGAAAGCAAACUAAAUAUGCAGAUACAUGGAAUCAAGAUUAAGUCUAACAUUCACCCCCUAAUCUUGAUUCUCCUAUCAUCAACGCAGAUCCCCCACAACCACUUGACAACGUCAUCGCAGCGCCGUGCACCUUGCCGUGGACGACGUCGUCGCAGCGCCGGACACCCCCAUGCACCAUCUUGUCGUGGUCGACGCCAUCGCAGCGCCGGACACCACCAUGCACCAUCUUGUCGUGGUCGACGCCGUCGCAGCGCCGGACACCACCAUGCACCAUCUUGUCGUGGUCGACGCCUUCGCAGCACCGGACACCAUCAUGCACCAUCUGGUCGUGGUCGACGCCGUCGCAGCGCCCAUCACUGUUGGAAAUAACCACGAUG